UGUAUGGUAUGGUCUCUUUCUGUCCAAACGCGUCGCUGUUGCUGCUCUAAUGGGUAAAGUAAAGCGAUCAGAUAUUAGAUAACCAUACGGAUUGAUUGAUUGAUCUAUGUGAAGCCAUCUAGCAUCCCCUUCUUUAUCUCUCUUUCUCUUUUACCCUUAACCUCUCAAAAACACAACAACUAUAGUUCUUGAUUAAUUACUAGCAAUUCCUCUCUAUUUGUUCUUGUUUCUUGUUCUGUGUGUUUGGAAAUGGAGAUGGCUGUGGGUAUGGCAAUGGCUCCCGCCAGAACAGCUGCUGCUACUGCUGUUGGGUUUUACUCUCCUUUGAAAGCUUCUAUCUUCUCAACCUCUUUUGGGUUGGAUUCGUCUCCUCCUCGUGGACUCACCAUUUCUUCCAAUAAAAGAUUGUCUUCAAUUAUCAUUCCCCGGGCAUCAUCUUCGGCUGCAGCCGUGGAGGUGGGUGGGAGCAAUAGUGAAACGGAUACAAUAAUUCCAAUUCCUAAAGUCAUAAUUGAUCUUGAUUCUGAUCCAGACGCCACUGUUGUGGAGAUUACAUUUGGGGAUCGACUUGGAGCUCUUCUUGAUACUAUGAGUGCACUUAAGAACCUUGGACUUAAUGUUGUGAAGGCUAAUGUGUAUCUUGAUUCUUCUGGAAAGCACAACAAAUUUGCCAUAACUAGAGCAAGCACUGGUAGAAAAGUGGAAGAUCCAGAGAUGUUGGAGGCAAUUCGCCUCACUAUCAUCAACAAUCUUCUUGAAUAUCAUCCUGAAUCAAGUGCUCAAUUAGCAUUAGGGGAAGCAUUUGGAAUGGAUCCUCCUCCAAAUAAGAUUGAUGUAGAUAUAGCUACACACAUCCAUGUUUAUGAUGAUGGACCCGAUCGAAGCUUGCUGGUUGUGGAAAGCGCGGAUCGACCAGGUUUACUGGUGGAUCUUGUAAGGAUCGUCAGCGACAUAAACAUUGCGGUUGAAUCUGGGGAAUUCGAUACCGAGGGAUUGUUGGCCAAGGCAAAAUUUCAUGUUAGCUAUAGAGGCAAAGCCUUAAUUAAGCCUCUUCAACAGGUUCUUUCCAAUAGUUUGCGGUAUUUCAUAAGGAGACCGUCGACGGAAGAUGCUAGUUUUUGAAAAAGGCGAUGUUUUACCCCGAUUUACUCUUGAAUUUGGUAUAAUUGAUUUUACGCAGUCACUCCAAUAUUAAUCGCGUGUAAAAUCGAGCACGUUAGUAAAGUUCAGUGUCGAUGUUGGAUGUUUAUAAAAUUACAGGGACAAGUUUUUAUCUCAUAAUUCAUCAUGGAUUAGUGAAUUUAUA